AUGUCCGUCACCGUACAGCAGAUAUUGUCCGACGCCAAACGACUGGCGUCCAAACUCAAAGAACACGACACAGCAGCCGACUCGUUGUUGUCCCAAGCCCAGUUCGUCUACAAGAAGAUCGACGCUAUGAAACAAUAUACCGACGAUUUGUCAGAACUCAACGACAUGGAAGAGGGAGGUCUGCCACAUGAAGAACUGGUCAACUCGAUACGCACCGAGAGUCGGCAGCUACAAGAGAUUGUACGAGAAAACCGAAUAUUAAGAGCAAUGGUUGCUGAGCACCAGACUGCGCUCGAGAUGAUUAUGAGCAAAUAUAGAUCACAGGUUUCGCAUCUUGUUUCCCAAACAAGUGCCGGUCAGCUUGUUAACAAUCUCACAGCAAAGACGAUUGAAGAGAAAAAUGCAUUGAUCAUUCAACAGGAAGAACGUAUCAAAGAAAUGAUGGCUGUCAUGAGUCUUGCCUCUCGUUUAGAAGCUGAAGAAGCUAGUAAAAAGGAAGAAACUAUUGGCAGGUUACAAACUGAAAACCAAACACUUAGAAAACUAUUGAAAAUAUCCAGUGAUCUGUCUACAGAAAAAGAACCAGACACGAUUUUGGCAUCUACGUAA